GUCUUGGCACAGUCAGUUCAGACCGUGAGCAGGUGAAGCUGCAGAGAGAAAGACAAUGGCGCAGAAAGGAGUCCCAUCUCUGCGGUGUCUCCGCGCAUUGCGCAGCAUAGCGCUGUCUGACGGGCAUAGAUGCUACUCUACACCGCCGACUGCCUCCAAACAGCCUCCUCCACCGCGGCCCCGUCCACAACCGCCCUCACCCCAGAUUCCCGCUCGCAUCGCCGCCGAUUACCAGCCUGGCUUUCGCAAGCGAGCCAAAUCAGAUGAUGAUGCGGAACACAUCCCUCAGCCCCUCACGCGGCCUAUUGGAAUGUCCAGCCCGCCGCAGCCAGGCGAGAAUAUGGGCCUCGACAACCGGACAUUGAGCCAGCGUCGAGAUGACUUCGUGGAUUUCGACAAGCACAUGGAGCGGCGACGAACGAUGACGAAACAGAUUAGCAAACCCUACUUCCGGGACUGGAGCAACCUACGCUUUCAUCGCGGGAAGAUUUUCAAAGCCAAUGAAAGAUUAUUCCGAGCAGACCUCAGCUUGUGGUUUCCGAAUUUCUUCGGCAAAACGCUUAGCAAAGAAGCAGAACAUAUCAAAGAUGAGACAGGGGGCUGGCGAAAGGAUGGUUACAAGGGCUUGGGUAGGGACACUUGCGAGGUCAUGGAGGGCAAGGUCAGCGUCGUGAGCAUUGUGUCCAGCACGUGGGCCCAGGCGCAAGUCGAUACAUUUGUGAGCGAGGAGCAAAACCCGGAACUGUACGAAGUCCUCAGAGAAAACACAGGUGUAGCACAAAGGGUGUGGAUCAACCACGAGGAGAAUACAUUGCGGUGGUGGCUUUUGCAGGCCUUCCGGAGCAACCUACGGCGCCAGCUCUCUACGGACGAGCAGCACAGAUACUUCAUGGUGCGACGAGGUGUGAGCGAGAUCAUGAAGGAGUCGAUCGGGCUGCUGAACGAGAAAGUGGGAUAUGUGUAUCUGGUCGAUCCCGACUGCAAGAUUCGAUGGGCUGGGAGUGCAGACGCCGAGCCUGCAGAACGCGAGGGCAUGGUCAAGGGGCUCCGGAGACUUAUCCAAGAGGCUAGAUUGCCACGGGACCAGAGACGCGACUCCGCGCAGCAACUCGAAUACGCUGUUGCCGACAUCGUGGAGGCUCCCAAAGCUGCAGGAGUAGGCUCAUGAUCAACUAGGGGUAGCAAAGACUCCCACCUGCAAGCCUUCCUCUAGCGGUCCAGCAAUCAUGCAUCUUGUCGGCCACGCCAUGCUGAGACGGUGUCAAGAUUGGACGUUUGCUACAUGCGCCACAGACGAACUCGCUGCGAGAACUCGUAGACUCGCAGUUUGUUGUGCUAUCCGGCACGUACGUCAACGGUCAAUGCGUCACAUCAAUUCGACGGCCAUUUGACGCAGAGUAUCUUUCGAUUGACGGAUGAAGUGGUCCCUAGCUAUCACAACGGGUUGGGCGGCCCCAAUACACCCGUGCAACGCCUUUUGGCAGCUGCCAAUGGACUCACGAUCCGCUUGAGUUGCGAAUACGAUGCACAGCAGCUGAAGUCUAGAACCCAUGGGCUCGGUUCCUGGCAUGAAAAAAACCCUCAAUUGACAUUUUCGAUGUGAAUGUGGCGCUGCGGGAGUACCAUGUGAAUUCGGCAGAGGUGCAGUAGCGCGAACGGCAGCCUGGAGAAGAAAGGGAGCACAGGAGCACAAUUUACAGCACGCGAAGUGAAGGCACGUGAAAUGUCGGACUUGCCAGUUUCUCAAAGACUCUACAACAAUAAGAUACUAGAAGCCCGCAAGAUAGAUGUCGUGGUCGACCUCGGCGCGACUUUGACAUCCUUGUCGGCAGUUUUAGAGUUGGCGCUAGCUGCUCACUUUGUCAAGUGAACAUUCAGGCACAUAUGCACACAUCACAAUGGCAAGCUGCUGCAGGGACUUACCUAUUGUCAAGUACAGCUCCCGCAUAUCUGCGGCUCAUUUGGUGGUCAAUCGAAGUCUCUCCCCUCCCUCUGUGU